AUGUCGGUGGCUUCGGUUCAGCCAGUAGCGGCUCAGCCAGUGAGUCAGAUCGCAGCAGUGCAGCCGUUGGGUCAGAUUGCACCGGCGCCGCGGGGUUACUCUUCAGUGGAGACUGGCGGGACUAGUCAGACCGGGCAGAUCACAGUCAUUUUUAUCUGUGAUAGUCUUGUGGAGGUUCUCAACGCAAUUGAAUGUGUAGGGACCUUGUUAGUGGGCGGUUUUGAGUCCCACGUUUUAUUCGACUCUGGAGCAUCGAAUUGCUUCAUUACACCGGAGCGUGCCGAGAAGAGUGGCAUCCGGAGUAGCGCGGGCGAGAGCGCGGGCAUGGUCAAGGUGGCGGGAGGUGGAUUCUUGUCUACUUUGGGCCGUGCUAGAGGAGUCGAGAUCGAGAUUGCGGGGCAGUCAAUGCCAGCAGACUUAGUCAUCAGUCCGGUGGAGCUGUAUGACGUUAUUCUCGGGAUGGACUGGUUGUCACACUACAGAGUUCAUCUGGAUUGCUACAGAGGUAGAGUGGUCUUCGAGCGAGAUGCAGGGAGGUUGGUUUAUCAGGGAGUGAGACCGACUUCCGGGAGUAUUGUGAUAUCUGCUAUUCAGGCCGAGCAGUUGUUAGAGCGGGGCUGUGAGGCGUAUCUGGCGACGAUUUCUAUGUCUGAGUCAGGAGCUGGAGUUGUUAUGGGAGAUAUUGAGGUUGUCCAGGAUUUUGAGGAUGUCUUUCAGUCACUGAAGGGAUUACCACCAUCUCGGUCUGAUCCUUUCACGAUUGAGUUAGAGCCGGGGACAGCACCGAUAUCGAAGACGCCUUACAGGAUGGCGCCAGCUGAGUUGGCAGAGCUGAAGAAGCAGAUAGAGGACCUUUUGUCUAAGGGGUUCAUUCGACCGAGUGUUUCACCGUGGGGAGCACCGGUGUUGUUUGUGAAGAAGAAGGAUGGCAGUUUCAGACUUUGUAUCGAUUACAGAGGUCUUAACCGAGUCACUGUGAAGAACAGGUACCCACUCCCGAGGAUUGAUGAGUUGUUGGAUCAGUUGAGGGGUGCUACUUGGUUCUCCAAGAUUGACUUGGCAUCGGGGUAUCAUCAGAUCCCGAUAGAUGAGGCAGAUGUCAGGAAGACUGCUUUCAGGACGCGUUAUGGGCAUUUUGAGUUUGUGGUUAUGCCUUUCGGUUUGACUAACGCGCCGGCAGCCUUCAUGAGAUUGAUGAACGACGUGUUCAGGGAGUAUUUGGACGUGUUUGUCAUCAUUUUCAUUGACGAUAUUCUGGUAUACUCGAGGAGUCAGGAGGAGCAUGCGACUCACUUGAGGUUGGUUCUGGAGAAGCUUCGGGAGCAGAAGCUUUUUGCUAAGUUGAGCAAGUGCAGUUUCUGGCAGCGAGAGAUGGGAUUUCUUGGCCACAUUGUUUCUGCAGAGGGAGUUUCUGUGGAUCCGGCUAAGAUUGAGGCUAUCAGAGAUUGGCCUAGACCUAGUAGUGCCACCGAGAUCAGGAGUUUUCUGGGUUUGGCAGGAUACUACAGGAGGUUCGUCAAGGGGUUUGCUACCAUGGCGCAGCCGAUGACGAAGUUGACCGGGAAGGAUGUCCCGUUUGUUUGGUCAGCUGAGUGUGAGGAGAGCUUUAGUCAGCUCAAGGAGAUGUUGACUACUACACCAGUGUUGGCGUUACCCGAGCCAGGGAAGCCUUACAUGGUGUAUACAGAUGCUUCAGGCAUUGGUCUUGGUUGUGUGCUGAUGCAGGAGGGCAGAGUGAUAGCAUAUGCUUCGAGACAGUGGCAGGGCAGUGAGCGUAACCGUCCUACACAUGACUUAGAGUUGGGAGCAGUGAUCUUCGCGUUGAAGAUUUGGAGGUCUUACUUGCUAGGUGAGACAGUACAGGUCUUCACGGAUCACAAGAGUUUGCAGCAUAUCUUCACUCAGCCGAUGAUGAACGCGAGACAGACGCGCUGGGUUGAGUUCUUGGCGGACUAUCAGGUGAGCAUUAACUACCAUCCGGGCAAGGCUAACCUAGUGGCGGACGCGUUGAGUAGACGGAGGUAUGAUUCCGCAGUUGAGCGAGAUGUGGAGUCUCUAGUUGGCGAGAUCAGUACCUUGCGUUUGUGUGCCAUUUCGCAGGAGCCUUUGGGUUUAGAGGCAGUGGAUCAGGCGGAUCUACUUAGCAGGAUCAGAGUUGCUCAGCAGAGUGAUCAGAGUUUGCUAGAUGCGACGAGAGUGACUGGUUCUGAGUAUGAGGUCUCUGCGAAUGGGACUAUCUUGGUUCGUGGGCGAGUUUGUGUGCCUAAGGAUGUGGAGUUGAGACAUCAGAUUUUGGGAGAGGCUCACGCGAGCAAGUUUUCCAUUCAUCCGGGAGCGACCAAGAUGUACCAUGACCUCAAGAGGUACUAUCAUUGGGUCGGGAUGAAGAGGGAUGUAGCAGACUGGGUUGCGAAGUGCAACACUUGUGCCUUGGUGAAGGCAGAGCAUCAGGUUCCGGGUGGUCUUUUGCAGAGUUUACCCAUUCCAGAGUGGAAGUGGGACAGGAUUACGAUGGAUUUCGUGGUUGGACUACCUGUUUCGAGGACUUUCGAUGCUAUUGGGAAGUUUGUGCGAGAGAUUGUGAGGCUGCAUGGAGUGCCAGCUAGUAUUGUGUCAGACCGUGAUCCCAGAUUCACUUCAGAGUUUUGGAGAGCUUUUCAGGCAGAGAUGGGCACUAAGGUGCAUUGA